AUGGUUGCCUCUACUAGGAUCAAAUGUCAGGAAUGUCGUGAUUUCGAUAACAGUUGCCGAGAUUGGAUAAUAGCUGAUCGUAGUUUAUGCAUGAAAACAGAUUAUAUUAUGCGAAGUUGUAUGAAAUCUUGUGGCCACUGUUCACCGAAAAUCGAUUCAAGUUUAAUUCUCGUUAAAGCAAAGGAAUGUAUGUUGGUAUGUUGGCAUAGCCCUUCAACUCUUCUUCAUGCUAGAAUUAUAAAGAAUCAUAGAAAUUUAAAUAAAAAUAAAAUGAUCAAAAAACUUCUCACACAACAUUUAAAUUUAGGAUUUGAUCCACACAGAUUGCCAAGUAAUUUACAACCUCUUGCUUGGCUUGUUGGUAUUUGGCGAUCGGAGCAUGGAGGAAAGGCAAUAUUUCCGACAAUUCCAAAAUUCACAUAUGGUGAGCAAAUUGAAAUCGCCAUAUCAGAUGAUCAUAUGCAAGGUUUAAAGGCAUUGAAUUACUCAGCAUUUGCAUGGGGAAUUAACGAUAAAGAUGAAUUACAUAGCGAAUAUGGUUAUAUAACGAUUCAGCCACAAACAAAUCUCGUAGCUCUUACUACUGUUAUGAACAAUGGCUUCGUCACCGUAGAACAAGGACCGCUAACAAUUAAUCGUAUAGUACUUCAUCUUUAUGAUAUAGGACGUAUCAGUUUUAGUAGAGAUCUUCCUGUUCACAAUACGAUCCGAGAAUGGAUUUUAUUGGAUGGCAAUACCCUUCAGGCAAAAUUUGAUAUGGAAACGCUGACGCAUGGAAUGCAAGAGCAUACUUUCAUUAGAUAUACUAAGAUUUAUCCCUAG